GGGAGAAGUGGUCCUAGACUUAUCCGCGUGUUAUUCGGAGCUAGGCCGCAAGACAGCAAGACAGCCGACUGCGCGACAGGAACGUUCUCCCGGGUGCAGAGACGGCGCGGGUGAGAAAUGGAAUGGUUUGCUAGGUGUGAGCCAGUGAUAGGAUUCCGGAAUCAGGCAGCAUAACAAGGGUGGACAGCCGAGUAAUACUUGCCCUGAAAUGGAGUUCAGGGAGCAGAGUGGCAUCUGGGAAUAAUCACCAGGUCGACAGUGAAUGACCUUUCUGUACUGGAGACAUCUGCUUGAGGCAAAGAUAUUUACGAAGCAAUGGGUGAUACAGGAACUUCACUUGAUAUUAAAGAGUACCCCGGUGCUGAGGCACAGAAAAACCGAGUACUAACUCUGGAAGAAUGGCAAAAAAAGUGGGUGGACCGCAAAAUUGCAUUUCAUCAAGAACAAGGACACCAGCUAUUAAAGAAGCAUUUGGAUAAUUUCCUUAAAGGCAAGAGUGGACUGAGAGUAUUUUUCCCGCUUUGUGGAAAAGCAGUUGAGAUGAAAUGGUUUGCAGAUCGAGGACACAGCGUAGUUGGAGUGGAAAUCAGUGAAAUUGGGAUACGGGAAUUUUUUACAGAGCAGAAUCUUUCUUACACAGAAGAGCCAAUCAUGGCAAUUCCUGGAGCCAAAGUAUUCAAGAGUUCUUCAGGGAACAUCUCAUUGUACUGUUGCAACCUUUUUGAUCUUCCCAGAGCAAAUAUUGGCAAAUUUGACAGGAUUUGGGAUAGAGGAGCAUUAGUCGCUAUUAACCCAGGUGAUCGUAAAUGUUAUGCAGAUAUAAUGCUGUCCCUAAUGAGAAAAGGGUUUCAGUACCUUUUGAGCGUUGUCUCUUAUGAUCCAACUAAACAUGCAGGCCCACCAUUUUAUGUUUCAGAUGCUGAAAUUAAAAGAUUGUUUGGUUCCGUAUGCAAUAGUCAAUGUCUUGAGCAGGUAGAUGUGUUUGAAGAACAACAUAAAAGUUGGGGAAUUGACUGCCUUUUUGAAAAGUUAUAUCUACUUACAGAAAACUAAAUGAGAUAUAAAUAAAAGCAAAUAACAUCACGUUUUUGAGCUUUUGAGCAAAUGAAAACUAUACCAAGUCAUGAAAAUAUAAUGGAUGACCUUUGAAAAAAAUUGUUCACAUAGGGUAUCACGGAAAUGUGUAUAACUUCUUAAGAAAAAAAACAUACUAAAAGGUUAAAGUUGCUACCUUUGGAAAGGAGAGUGUAAUUGGGGGUGAAAGAUUAUACCUGUAUAUCUUACAAAUAGUAAGAAUUUUUUGCAAUCAGUAGAUAUUACUUCUAUAAUUAAAAAAUAAAAGAGAGCCCUGACCAGUGUGGCUCAGUUGGUUGGGUGCUGUACCACAAAGGAAAGGGUUGCCGGUUCGAUUCCUGGUCAGGGCACAUGUCUAGGUGGUGGGCUUGGUCCCCAGCUGUGGCAUGUGCGAGAGGCAACCAGUCAAAUUUUCUCUCAUACAUUGAUGUUUCUCUCUGUCUUUUCUCCCUCCCUUUCCCUCUCUCUAAAAAUAAAUAAAUGAUAUCUUAAAAAAAAACUUUUAAAAAGCAAAAGAGAAAUGUGAUGUAUAUAACUUAAAUUAAUAGACAUAAAAAUUGUCAUUCUUUAUGAAAUUUAAAACCAUUAAGGGAAUGCAAUGCUCUACUAGGGUCCAGGUAAAAGAAAGUGGUCAAAAAAUUAUAUAUGAUACUAGCUCUUCCUAUAAACUUUCAUGUUAUUCUCAAGUUCUAGUACUCCUUUUCUCAUUUUUCUCUUUAUAUAAUUUUAUAUGUAACAAAAUCAAGAAAUAAAUCUAAAAUUAAUAAAUAAACCAAUCUCUAUGCAACAAAAUAUUGUUCCUAA